AUGAGUUUCUUUGAUGUGGAGAAAACGGAAGAGUCUCUCCGGAUCAGGGCAGUUAUGCUUCUUGUGAUGGAUUCAUCAUCUCUAUUCAUUUCACCAGAGGAUUUCGUUCUUUUUCAUGCAAUGGACAGGGAGCUUUACACCCUCCUUGUAACCAACAUUUUGCGUGACCCUGUGGAAUCUAUGCAGACCAUGGCCCUAUGGCUGUGGUUGGAAAGAGCUGGCUGCAACAAUGUCAUAAAAAAGAUUUUGUCCUUACCCCAUGUUUUAAUAAAUGAACUCGCAGAUGAGGCUGUAACAUGCCUCAAGUGCAUCAGUAACACCCAGUUUCUGUUGUCAUCCUCCGAACCCAAAGAGAUUCCACUGACACACAGCCUCAUGAAAAAAGAGAUUUCUCUUCAAUUUUUUCAUGAAAACCGGCUCAGUGCAAAGGUUGGGGUUGCCAAAAUUGUAACUGAUGUUUGCAUCAAGGCAUUUACAGACAUAUUGCAAGAAGUCAUGCGGAGAAAUGUUGCACAAAACUUGGGCAAAAGCCCGAUGACAAUGGUGUCCCCUGUUGUUGACCAUUCCUUGGUUUAUGGCUUUGCUCAGUUGGGACUUGGAGUUGAUACCAGCCAGGGAAGGACACAAGUUAAUGAGGUUCCACCGGAUGACAGGACCAUGUUUGUCACAUUUUCCAAAGGCUAUCCGGUAGCUGAAACUGAAGUCAGGGAGUUCUUCACAGCAAUAUUAGGGGACUGCAUAGAGUCUCUCCACAUGCAAGAGGUGAAACCUGAUGAACAAUCUCUUUAUGCUCGAAUUGUGUUCUACACGCCUUCUGUUAUAGAUCUGAUUCUCAAAGGGGUGACAAAGGCCAAAUUUACUAUCAAUGGGAAGCAUGUUUGGAUGCGGAAAUUCGUGCCAAAACGCUUGGGCUCCUCACCGCCGCUGCCUCUUCUGCCAUAGAAUUUGCCAGGAGCUGUCUAUUUCUUUUCUGUGUGUUUUUGUUCCUCUGCUUGAUAGUACUCGUUUUCAAUAGGUAACAAGCGAAAAGUCUACUGAAUGGACAUUGUUGUAAAGCCAUUAGGUAACAGCCUUGUUUUCACUUUGCAACCAAUAAAAGUCUACUGAUGGCCACUGUUG